AUGUCCGAGCCCCCUAGCCGCAGAUGGAGUCCACCAGGCCUGGGCCAAUUUAAGCUUAAUUGUGAUGCGAGCUUCACUAAAGAUGGGUCAAAAGCUUCCUUGGCUGUCAUUCUUCGUAAUCGGGAAGGACAGCUGGUCGAUGGUCGCACUUCUAUUGUUCAUGUUUCGUCAACCUUGCAAGGAGAAGCCCGAGCAGUCCGAAUGGCUUGUGCCUUUUCUCAAACCCUCAACCUCAGACAAGUCAGUGUGGAAGGAGAUAACAAAACCGUCAUUGAGCUGAGUGUCUCUGAACUAGUUCCUCCAUGGGACUGCAUGGCUGUUAUACAUGAUAUUCGUUCUGCGAAGUCUCGGAGCAACAUUUCUUUUAGCUGGUCGCCAAGAAGCUCCAGUCGUGUGGCCUACUGGGUAGCUUCUCGCAACUUGACAGGCAUGCUUCCCCUCCACUGGGUUGCCCAUCCUCCUCUGGCGCUUAGGGCUAUUUUAUUUCUGGACUCUUUGUAA